AUGAUUUACUUGAAAUCUAUGUUAAAGGUUAUCGACAACUCGGGAGCCCAGAUGGCUGAGUGUAUCAAAGUUUUAAAGAAGGGCUCUCCAAAAUCACCAGCGAGGAUCGGUGAUAGAAUAAUAUGUGUAGUGCAGAAAGCGAAGCCAUUGAACCAAAAUAUAACCGGAACUUCGAACACCAACAGAGUGAAAAAGGGGGACAUUGUUCAUGGGAUUGUGGUUCGCACGAAACAAAAAAAUAUGUCUCGGGGAGAUGGUUCGAUAGUGAGUUUUGGAGACAAUGCUUGUGUCCUGGUAAACAAGAAUACUGGUGAGCCACUUGGGACCAGAAUCAUGGCAAAUGACGGAUGCGUCGGCAGAGAACUGAGGGAAAAGGGCUUCAAUAAAAUUUGUUCUCUUGCAAGUAGGGUAGUGUAA